CAGCCUCAGACAGUCGUAGUCCGAGAAUUCCGCUCGGCCCCGCCCUCCCCCGAGGUGACGAGGCCCAGGGGGCGGGUCCUGCUCGGCGGUUCGGCUGUGUCUGCUGCGGCGAAGCGAGCGCAGCAGCUACUCGCCACCAUGGGCUCCCAGAUCAGCACGUUGGGCCAGGUGGUCCUCUCCCCGGUCUGGUUCCUCUACAGUCUGCUCAUGAAGCUGUUCCAGCGCUCUACCCCGGCCAUCACCCUCGAGAACCCCGAUGUCAAGUACCCUCUGCGGCUCAUCGACAAGGAGAUCAUCAGCCAUGACACCCGGCGCUUCCGCUUCGCCCUGCCGUCACCACAGCACAUCCUGGGGCUGCCCAUCGGCCAGCACAUCUACCUCUCUGCUCGAAUCGAUGGGAACCUGGUCAUCCGGCCCUACACUCCAGUCUCCAGUGAUGAUGACAAAGGUUUUGUGGACCUGGUUGUCAAGAUUUACUUUAAAGACACACACCCCAAGUUUCCUGCCGGAGGAAAGAUGUCCCAGUACCUAGAAAACCUGAAGACUGGAGACACCAUCGAGUUCCGGGGCCCCAACGGGCUGCUGGUCUACCAGGGCAAAGGAAAGUUCGCCAUCCGCCCUGACAAGAAGUCUAACCCUGUCAUCAAGACCGUCAAGUCUGUGGGCAUGAUCGCGGGGGGAACAGGCAUCACCCCAAUGCUGCAGGUGAUCCGUGCCAUCAUGAAGGACCCGGAUGACCACACUGUGUGCCACCUGCUCUUCGCCAACCAGACGGAGAAGGACAUUCUGCUGCGGCCCGAGCUGGAGGAGCUGAGGAAUGAACAUUCUGGGCGCUUCAAGCUCUGGUUCACGGUGGACAAGGCCCCAGAAGCCUGGGACUACAGCCAGGGCUUCGUGAAUGAGGAGAUGAUCCGGGACCACCUCCCGCCGCCGGAGGAAGAGCCGUUGGUGCUGAUGUGUGGCCCCCCACCCAUGAUCCAGUACGCCUGCCUGCCCAACCUGGAGCACGUGGGCCACCCCAAGGAAUGCCUCUUCGCCUUCUGAUGGCCGGGUGCUGCUCACCCAGCUCUGGCCGCCCCUGCCUGUCCCCACCACCCUCCCUGAGCCUUACCUUCCCCCAUGUGUCACACGGUGGCCCCAGGUUCAGCUGGGCUGACCCCCAAGGGGCUCUGGUGGGAACCAGGCCUGUUAACAGGUGGGCCAGUGCCAACCAACUGGGGGCAGGUUCUUGUCUGGCCCUCUUCCCCCACACCCCACCCUGCAGGGCUAAGGCUGCACGCUCACCCCAGCCCUCCAGAAAGGACCGCAGUCUGGACACGAAUGGGCAGCCCAGUGCUAGUGGCGCAGGUACUGCCCACCACCCUCACUGCCAGCUUCAGGUGAGGCCCCAGCACCUCGUACCACCUGAGCUUUCUUGGCUGGGGGAGAGGCCAGGGCCGGGUAGGCUUGGUCACCUGGGAUCUUGGCUCACCCCAAGGCUGAAGAGUGACAAGGGGGCUGGCUGUGGGACCCCGCCUGCCAACCCAGCAAUCCAAACCCAGUGCACCCAGACCUUUGGGCAGCUUGGGGAAUUUCAGGCUAUUGGCUCAGGCUUGCAGGCCACUAGGCCUGAAGGUAGAGAGCUGAGACAGGUGUAUGUGCUCUUGUCUCUGAGCCCCUCCUGCCCUUGCCUGUGGGAUGAGGAGCAGAGGGAGCAGAGUCUUGGGUCUGAGACACAGCUUGGCCUCAUGUUGCCUUUAGAUCACUGUGUGUCAGCUUCCUGCAUAGCAGCUUUUUCAGAGUCAUUUAUGAGCAGAAGAAACAUUGAAAUAAAACUUCGCUACUGGUCA